UUGCUCCUGAGAAAAUAUGGAAAGUGUCAUGCCAACUAAGAAACUCUCGAAUCAGCUAAAAAAUAUCGAAAGGCUCGCAUGGCCAAUGGGUGUUUGGCCCUUAAAGAACGACUUGUUUUCCGCAAUUCGAACAUUUUUAUUUGUUAUAAUGCAGGUUAGUUUAGUUACAACUAUCUCGAUAGAAGUCAGCCUAGGUUAUGGCAAUACCGAUGAAAUGAUAACUAACAUCGAGAUGCAAAAAUUUGGAACAGUGGCACUGCUAAAACCGCUUUUAUUUCGAUUCUAUCGCAAAAAUUUGGCAUACAUCAUAGUAUCAAUUAAUGAAGACAGGUUAUCCUCGAUGAAAACUAAAUAUCUUAGGAUUAUGAAAGGUUAUGCAAGCCGCGGAAAUACUGUUUUAUACGCUUAUGCAAUUAGUAAUACCCUUCAAUUGUCUAUGCUAUUUUUGGUUAAUUUUCCUACUUUUCCAAAGAAUGUAAAAAACAACUCUACGAACAAUUCAUAUGAUAUUUCCGAAGAAAGAGUUCUUUUCUUAGGAACAAAAUCUUUGCUUGGGGAUUACUCGACGACAUCAUAUCUCUUAAUCUACAUUCUGCAGAUUGUUCAAUGUUUUUCCACAGCUCUUGGAAAUGUUGGAAUUGACAUUUUCUUCUUCAACUUGACAAUGCAAAUCUGUGGCCAGCUAGAAAUUUUGUUUUACGAAAUGUCCGAUCUUAAUCUCGAAAGUAACUUAAAGGCAAUCAAAUGUACCAUUGCCUCUUUGAUUAACAGACAUCAACAUUUGUUGAAACAAGUUCAGAUUUUGGAAACAACCUUCAAUCUAGUUAUUCUCACACAGCUUGUGAUUAACAUUACUGGAGUAUGCACAUUCGGUAUACAAGUGCUUAUAGCUAUGCAAAACUCUAAUACAGUCACAGCAAUAAAGUCUUUUCUAUGCACACUACUUCUGAUGACGCAAUUGCUGUUGUAUUGUUAUGCUGGAGAUUUGCUAUAUUCAAGGAUAGCGAUGAUAACAUUUUCAUCAUACCAAUUUCCUUGGUACGAUGUGCCAUACAAUUUAGCAAUGGAUAUGUAUUUCGUUAUGGUGAGGGCGGGAUAUCCAUUCAGAUUGACAGCAGGGAAGUUCAUGACCAUGAACAUGGACUCUUUCACUAAAAUUGUUAAAAUAACAUUUUCUUAUUUCUCAGUCUUGAGAUUGAUGCUAAAUAAUUAA